AUGGAACCCGUUCUCAUUGUAGGAGCCGGCAUUGUCGGAUUGACUCUUGGUCAAGCUCUUCAGAAGGCCAACAUCCCCUUCCGCAUUUACGAGCGUGAUGCGUCGCCAGAUGCUCGCGGCCAAGGAUGGGCCAUCACUUUGCAUUGGGCCCUAGAGUACAUUCAGAAGAUGUUGCCCGAGGACACAUUACAGGCUAUUCAAGCGGUGCAGGUUGACCCACAAGUGGCCAAGAAUGACAAUGGGAAUUUCCUUUUCAUUGACCUCGCGACUGGCGAGCCCAAAUGGAAGAUUCCCCCGAGUACCCGCUGGCGGGUCAACCGGGAGAAGAUGCGUCAAGCUUUGCUUCGGGGAAUUGAACAACAUGUUAGGUGGAAUGCUCAGGUAGUUGAUGUGGAGGUUACCAGUGCCUCAACUGCCCCAUGUUUGGUUCUGGCAGAUGGCACCCGCGUGUCAGGGAAAUUCGUUAUCGGCGUCGAAGGAAGUCGAUCUCUGGUGAGACGAGUCCUGCGACCAGAUGCAUACAGCAACUCUGUCCUUCCCAUCCGCUUUACUGGUGUAGCCGUGGACCUGUCCCCGCAAGAGAUAAAACCCCUGCGGUCAAUGGAUCCCCUGCUAUUUCAGGGCUGUCACCCUAGCACGGGCGUGUUCUUCUGGUUUUCAAUGCUUGAGACUCCCGAGAGGAAUGGCACUCAGGGAACUCCAGACGAGCAUUACCGGGCCCAGAUAUGCAUGUCAUGGCCAGUAAAAAGCGAGGCAGACGAGGUGGCUGGCACCGAUGCGGAACGGUUGGACAACAUGAAGCGACGCUCAGUCGGAUUCGUGCCUUUUUUGCGGUCGGUUGUAGAAGGUAUCCCCAAAGGAACACCGGUCGUGGAAAUUAAACUGGGAGAUUGGGAAUGUUUGGAUUGGGACAACCGUGACGGUCGAGUCACUCUGGCGGGGGAUGCAGCCCACGCCAUGACGAUGUAUCGUGGAGAAGCCGCGAAUCAUGGAUUGUUAGACGCAUAUAACCUCUUCCAGGCCUUGAGACAUGUGUACUCUGGUGAGAAAGGGGCCAAAGAAGCGUUGGAUGAGUAUGAGACGGAAAUGCGAUCGCGCACUAGACGCGCUGUCCGGCUCAGUCGACAGGCCUGCCGCGAUGCCCACGCUUGGGAACAGCUGAAUGAACACUCAGCCAUCUUAACCAAACGGGCUGUCACGGGCGAAGCCGAGCGCUUAGAGUAA